CCUGCAUUCUUUUUAUAUUCAGUAGCAGUGAUCCUCAUCAUCAAACAUGUCAAUCUAUUACCUGCUUUUCAUGGAAGGGAGGAAAAAAAGAAGGGACUAAUGCACAUUCAUCAAACUGCUAUUUUUGUUGGCUGGGACUCUGAAUGGGUAAUAGCCAUGGAAAUGGGGCUAUAGAAUUGUCUGCAAAGUGUAGCAGAACAGGAAGAAAAAAGAGAGAUAGAGAGAGGAAACAAUAAAACCUGCUGCAAAUGGAAAGGUUGAAUAACUAAAAAUAUCAGUAAAAACACAGCAGCUCCAGAAAACACGAUGGCGGCUGCUUGAGAAAAGAAAGAAGGCAAGAGAGAACGAGAGACUCAUAUUUCCUCUAUUUCUCUCAUCCUCUGUAGUAUAGGGAGACUCGGGGAGGAGAGAAAAGCAAACAGAAGAGAGGAUGAGGAAAAGGAAAAGGAAGAUGGGGAAUGAUGGGGAGAGAGCAAGAAGAGAGAGGACAUAAGAGAGUCGUCGUUUGCCACGUGGCGAGGUCUGACUGGUUGAGUGCUUUGGGCUUCAACAACAUACAGCAACAACAACACCAACACCAACACCAACUCUCUCUCUCUCUCUCUCUCUCUCUCUGCUGCCGUGUCAGAGCGUAACCCCGUCCUAUGACCCCGGCGAAUCCGUAUUUGUAUGCUUCUCUUUCUCCAUCUAUUUAUUCGUUUGUCGCCCACUCUUUCUCUCUCUCUCUCGUAUUCACUCACCAUCAUCUAUCUCCGAGCUUCCAUACCCUAACCUAUUUCUUUCUCGUCCUCGCACUAUCUCUGAAUCCAAGACAAUAUUUCUCUAUAUUGUUCUUUGAUCCGUUUAUUUGAUUGAAACAGAACAUCUUUACCUUGCAGCAAAAUCCUGUCCAGAAGCUCUAACUAAUCAAGUAUCAACCUUAUUGUGAAUGCAAAAUUUACUUCUGUAACUUUUAACCACCCAUGUAUGACCCAGGUUGAGAGAUGAAGGAAAAUGGUUCAUCAACUAGUAAAAUGAUUAACAGAAACUGGGUCUUGAAGCGUAAACGGAGAAAGCUGCCUUGUGGAACAGUUCUAGCCAACAGUAAAGAAGAUAGUUUGUUGGUAUCAGAAUCCCGAAAGAAUACUUCUUUGGUUAAACACGAGCUGAAGAGUGAAAUUAGGUCUGAGCGAUUUUCAUCCAAGAAGAAAGGGAAUGAUGGGUAUUACUUUGAAUGCGUUGUCUGUGAUCUUGGCGGCAACUUGUUGUGUUGUGAUAGUUGUCCCCAGACCUAUCAUCUCCAGUGCCUCAAUCCACCUCUCAAGCGCAUACCAAUGGGAAAGUGGCAAUGUCCAAAGUGCUGUCAGAAAAGUGAUCCUUUAAAGCCCAUAAGCCAACCUGAUACCAUUUCAAAACGGGCAAGAACAAAAAUGGUCACUGGAAAAUCAAAAAGUGGAAUGCAAUCAUCUGACAUUAACAAAGUAUCCCAGAUUUUUGGAAGCUCCAUUAUUGCGAAGAGAAGAUCCUCCAGCAAAGGAAAAUCUGUCAGACUCCUUGAACAGAAACCUAUCUCUUCCCGAAUAGAUGUAUCCUAUAGCACCAAGCCAAGCCAUCAAUCCCUUGCUUUGCUAGAAGGUGGUUCAUCAUGUGUGAAUGUUGAUGAUGAGGAUAAAUCUAAUAAAUCUUCUAUGGACUCUCCUGCAGACAGGAAGUCAACCUCUCCUGCUAAGGAAAUUUCAUCUCAUUCUAAAGUUACAAAUCCAGAAACAACUGAUGAAGAUCCUGAGGGGAAGCUUGAUUUGUCUGGUAACAAUAAAUCUCCUGAAAAAACACUUGUUCUUGCAAUAAGUGCUGCUACCAUGGAACAUAGAAAAAGAAAACAGAAAGUCGAUGAUAAUAACAGCCAAAAGAAGUGUAGGACUGAUAAUGGAAAAUUUAAAGUUAGCACAUCUAAGAAACGCGGAUCCAAAGCAAGUAAUGCAAGCCCUGGAACUAGUAAAUCACAUCAGAAGCGCAAGUCUGUUAACGAUGGGGCUUCCACUGCUUUGUCAAAGGAAGGUCUUGGAACAAAGAUCUUAGAUGUGCGGAGGAAAGAUGAGAAACUUCCUCAGGAAGCAACUAAACUGUCACAUGAAUUAAACAAGGCAGAUAAUGUGAACAGAGCAGUAAUUUCUGGAGAAAGCAUCCUCACUGAACCUUUGCAGGUCGAUCGAGUUCUUGGGUGUCGAGUUCGAGAAAACCAAAACAGAGUAUCGGAAGAAAAUUCUGUUUGUGAUACUGAUUUAGAUGUAGCAGCUGGGGAAAAUCUUACUGACGGUUGUCAGAAUAUUGUUGUGAGUCUUGAUAAGGAAGGAAGUGUGAAGACUGAAAUGAAAGUGGAUAAAAUGCAUGUAUACAGAAGAUCUGCAACCAGAGAAUGUAAAAAAGGGCAAAACAUGAGAUUUUUACAAAAGGACAUCAAGGAUUCAAAUUCUAGUGCUGCAGAUAAAGAUCAAGAUGAAGUAAUUACUGAAGAUUUGGAAAAACCAAAUGAAAAGAUGGUUACAGAGAAGAAUACAUCACCUAAUUUGAGAGAUCCUGACAAUGAUGAAGUUCCAAAAAUUUGGGAAACACAUGUAUUUAAUGAAACCAAAGAUCACAACCAAGCUGAUUUAGAAAUGGAAAUAAAAAUUUCUGGAGAGAACAAAAUUCAGGAGGCCACACAGGCUGAAACUGCAUGCGUUGAUCAAGAUACGGUAUUGUAUGAGUUCUUAAUUAAGUGGGUAGGGAAGUCUCAUAUUCACAAUAGUUGGAUUUCUGAAUCUGAGCUCAAAGUUCUGGCAAAGAGAAAAUUAGAAAAUUACAAGGCAAAAUAUGGGAUAGCUGUAAUAAACAUCUGCGAGGAACACUGGAAGCAGCCCCAGCGGGUGAUUGCUCUCCGUAAUUUCAAAGAUGGUAGGCGUGAAGCUUUUGUAAAAUGGACAGGCCUCCCUUAUGACGAAUGCACUUGGGAAACAUUGGAUGAACCUGCACUUCAAAAAUGUUUGCACCUGAUUGAUCUGUUUAACCAAUUCGAAUGCCAAACAUUGGAGAAAGAUUCUUCUAAGGAUGCUUCACGAAGAGGAAAGGGUGAUUGUCAACAAAAUGAGAUAGUUACUCUCCCAGAGCAACCUAAGGAACUAAAAGGAGGUUCAUUGUUUCCCCAUCAACUUGAAGCGCUCAAUUGGUUGCGUAAAUGCUGGCAUAAAUCCAAGAAUGUGAUACUUGCUGAUGAAAUGGGGCUUGGAAAAACAGUAUCUGCUUGUGCUUUUAUUUCAUCUCUGUAUUUUGAGUUCAAAGCUACUCUGCCUUGUUUAGUGUUGGUCCCGCUCUCCACAAUGCCUAACUGGCUUGCUGAAUUUUCCUUGUGGGCCCCCAACUUGAAUGUUGUGGAGUAUCAUGGAUGUGCAAAAGCAAGAGCCACAAUUCGCCAAUAUGAGUGGUAUGCUUGUGAUCCAAGUGACUUGAAUAAGAAAACAGCUGCCUAUAAAUUUAAUGUUCUUUUAACUACAUAUGAGAUGGUUCUUGCUGAUUCCUCUCAUUUGCGUGGAGUUCCUUGGGAAGUUCUUGUGGUUGAUGAAGGCCACCGUCUGAAGAAUUCUGGAAGUAAGCUUUUUAGCAUGCUCAAUACGUUCUCGUUUCAACAUCGUGUACUGUUGACUGGUACACCUCUUCAAAACAAUAUCGGUGAGAUGUAUAACUUGCUUAACUUCUUGCAGCCAGCUUCAUUUCCUUCUCUCUCUUCAUUUGAAGAGAGGUUUAAUGAUCUUACAACUGCGGAAAAAGUGGAAGAAUUGAAGAAACUUGUUGCUCCACAUAUGCUUCGAAGGCUUAAAAAGGAUGCAAUGCAAAAUAUUCCCCCCAAGACUGAACGGAUGGUUCCUGUUGAGUUGUCAUCCAUUCAAGCAGAAUACUAUCGUGCGAUGCUGACAAAGAACUAUCAGAUAUUGCGGAAUGUUGGGAAAGGGGUUCCCCAGCAAUCAAUGCUAAAUAUUGUGAUGCAGUUGAGAAAAGUUUGCAAUCACCCAUAUCUCAUUCCCGGUACUGAACCUGAUUCUGGUUCGGUAGAAUUUCUUCAUGAAAUGCGGAUAAAAGCCUCAGCCAAGUUGACUUUGUUGCAUGCUAUGCUUAAGAUUCUAUACAAGGAAGGCCAUCGAGUCCUUAUUUUCUCACAGAUGACCAAACUUCUUGAUAUCCUCGAAGAUUAUCUGACUAUAGAAUUUGGGUCUAAAACAUAUGAGAGAGUGGAUGGCUCUGUCUCAGUGGCUGAUCGUCAAUCUGCAAUUGCACGCUUUAACCAAGAUAAAAGUCGAUUCGUCUUCUUGUUGUCAACACGCUCUUGUGGCCUUGGGAUCAAUUUGGCAACUGCCGACACUGUCAUUAUCUAUGAUUCUGAUUUCAAUCCGCAUGCUGAUAUUCAAGCUAUGAAUCGUGCUCAUCGAAUUGGACAGUCAAAGAGACUUUUGGUAUAUCGACUUGUAGUUCGUGCUAGUGUUGAAGAGCGCAUCUUGCAGCUUGCAAAGAAGAAACUGAUGCUUGAUCAGCUUUUUGUGAAUAAGUCUGGAUCACAAAAAGAAGUGGAGGAUAUUUUGAAAUGGGGAACAGAAGAACUUUUUAAUGAUUCUUAUAGUAUGUAUGGGAAAGAUACAGUGGAACUUAAUCAUAACAAAGAUGAGGCAGUAAUAGAUACAGACAAUAAGCACAGGAAGAGAGCUGGUAGUCUAGGGGAUGUGUACCAGGACAAAUGUACAGAAAGCAGUAGCAGGAUCAUGUGGGAUGAAAAUGCUAUUUUGAAAUUGCUUGACCGUUCAAACCUUCAGUCUGGAUCAACUGAUAAUGCGGAAGGGGAUUUGGAGAGUGAUAUGCUUGGCUCAGUGAAGGCACUUGAAUGGAAUGAUGAACCAACAGAAGAACAAGGGGGAGCUGAAUCUCCUCCCAUUGUUACUGAUGAAAUCUUUGCACAAAGUUCUGAAAGAAAAGACGAUAAUGCGGUUGCUGGAAUGGAAGAAAAUGAAUGGGAUAGACUUUUACGAGUGAGAUGGGAAAAGUAUCAAGUGGAGGAGGAAGCAGCACUUGGUCGAGGGAAGCGUCUGCGAAAAGCUGUUUCUUAUAGGGAAGCAUAUGCUCCACACCCAAGUGAAACAUUGACUGAGAGUUGUGGUGAUGAGGAACGAGAGCAGGAACCAGAGCCAGAGCGGGAAUAUACACCAGCAGGACGUGCACUAAAAUCAAAAUUUGCUAAACUCCGUGCUAGACAAAAGGAACGGCUUGCUCAGAGGAAUGCAGGUUUAGAAUCUUGUCUUGGUGGGGGAAUACCUGAACCUGAUUCUGUCCCUAACUAUCCUUCCAUAAACUCCAAAGAAGGGGAUGUAACUGAAUUACAUCAAGCUGUCAGUGAGAAGAUUUCAGUAAUUGACUUAGAGGAUGACAAAUUCAUUCAGCCAGUAGAUGGUCCGAAGUGUAAGAAUGACAUCCCUUUAAGGCUGGGCAGAAUGUCAAAGUACAAAAUGAGUAGUCAUCUGGAUUUUCCUGUCAAUCCACUUGGUCAUCCAUCUCCUGACGUUUUCCUUCCUAGUCACCAUUUUCAAAGCACGAGUUACACAAACUCAGUGCCCACCAGCAACUUGUUACCAGUUCUGGGACUUUGUGCUCCCAAUGUUAAUCAAGUGGAGCCAUCAUAUCGAAACUUGUUAAGAGCAAAUGGCAGACAAAGUAAGCUGGGACCUGGACCAGAGUUUCCAUUCAGUCUGGCUUCUUGCUUCAGGACUUCAAUUGAGACAGAUGGGAAAAAUCAGGACUCUAGCUUGGACAAAGCAAAGAAACCAGAUGCGACUGCUGAAGUUGUGCAACAGGGUCUUAAGAACAGCAUCCCGGAUAACUGUCCUCCAUAUCUUCCAUGCCUGCCUGCUGUCCAAGGAAAAGCUUCUGAACGUUUAGAAAGUUGUGGUUCUACUUUCUCUGAUUUUCAAGAAAAGAUGGCAUUGCCAAACUUGCCAUUUGAUGAAAAAAUGCUGUCCAGAUUCUCACUUUCAGCAAAGACCGCACCAACUUCACAUCUUGACUACCUACCUAGCUUGUCAUUAGGUAGCAGACCUGAAGCUGUCAAUGGCUUCAUGCAGGACUUCCCAACAAUACCAUUACUGCCCAACCUAAAAUUCCCAGCACAAGAUGCAGUGAGAUAUAAUCAGAAGGACAGGGAGAUGCCACCCACAUUGGAUCUUGGACAGAUGCCGGCCACAUUUUCCUCAUUUCCUGAAAAACAUAAGAAGGUGCUUGAAAGCAUAAUGAUGAGGACUGGAUCUGGAUCAAGCAAUAUGUUUAGAAAGAAAUCGAAAAAAGACAGCUGGUCUGAAGAUGAACUUGAUUUUUUGUGGAUUGGUGUUCGUAGACAUGGACGGGGAAAUUGGGAGUCCAUGAUUAGAGACCCGAGGUUAAAAUUUUCCAAAUAUAAAACAUCAGAAGAUUUAUCAGCAAGGUGGGAGGAGGAACAACUCAAGCUCUUUGAUGGGUCAGUCUUUCCAGUUCCAAAAUCAACCAAGCCGACACAGUCUACUAAAUCUUCAUUAUUUCCAGGCAUUUCUGAUGGAAUGAUGGCCCGGGCCUUGCGAGGUAGUAGACUCACCACACCCCCAAAGUUUAAGGCCCACCUGACAGACAUGAAAUUGGGUUUUGGUGAUCUUAUGCCCAGCGUGCCACAUUUUGAAACAUCUGAUAGACUUGGUUUGCAAAAUGACCAGUUUGUAUCUAUGCCAACUUGGAAUCAUGAGAAGUAUUGGGCAAAUCAUCCUGGGGAGUCUUCUGCUGGACCUUGUGAAGGGCUGGGAACUUCUUCAAAUGUACCCAUUGACAAGCCAUUUCUGCUCAAUUCAUAUGGAACCAGUUGCUUAGGUUCUUUGGGUCUGAAUUGCUCGACCAGCUUUGAUGCACAGAUAAAAGAGGAUGAACAGUGUGCUAAUAAGUAUGGGAAGUUUCCUAAUCUCGAUUUAGGAGUUGGCGAAUCUGUCAGCUCAGUAUUGCUUCCUGAUUCCAAUAAAAGGCCGAAUCUUUCACACUUAAAGGGCGAAGAAGCAGCUGGAUGUAGUUCUUCAAAGGACAAGCUACCCCAUUGGUUGCGAGAAGCUGUGAGUGCACCCACAAAACCCCCAGAUCCCGACUUGCCACCCACUGUAUCAGCAAUUGCACAUUCAGUUCGAUUGCUAUAUGGAGAAGAUAAGCCAACCAUCCCUCCAUUUGUGAUCCCAGCUCCGCCUCCUUCCAUACCAAAGGAUCCAAGACGGACUCUAAAGAAGAAAAAGAAACGGAGCUCACAUUUGUCGAGGUGGGUACCGCCAGACAUUGCUGAAAGGAGUCAGGAAUUCCGAAGAAACCUCCAUGGUGGUAAUGCUGGUUCAAGCUCAAUCUCAUUGGCUCCAACAUUUUCACUGCAUCCAGAAUUGACCUUGGGAACAACAGCGCUUCCACAGAUUGAAUCUGACCUGAACUUGCGUCCUCUAAAUUUGAAUAUGAUGAACCCAUCAUCCUCAUUAGUACAUUUACACCAGCAGAAGAAAAUCGGCAUGGGAUUGUCCCCCUCUCCCGAAGUGCUUCAGCUGGUAGCAUCAUGUGUUGCUCCUGUCCCACAUAUGUCAUCGAUUUCUGGCAUGACGAACUCAAGCUUCAUUGAUGGUAAGCUUGAGGUAUCAAAAUCUGUUGACCUAGUCGGAUUCUCAGACCCGCAAGAUGCAUUUGAAAAAAGGAAAGCUGAGCAGAGCUCACCUUUUAAUGUAUGGAAUUCAAAUCCGGAGAAAUUACAGGAACGUCCUGAAAGUGGAGAUUCUAGCAAAACUCAGUCAGAUCCCCUUCGGACUGAACGGCCUGAUGGUGAGGAUAUAUCAUCUGAGGGCACUGUCUCAGAUCAUCUUGUAAGUGACCAUGAAUCAUAGCCGUAAUAUGAGACCGAAAACCUGAACAUAGCUAUUCUUUCAUGCUACUAAAAGUUUCAGGAUCUUCACCAAUGUGCUCGAAUUUUUGUAGGUAUGAAGUGAGUGAUGAACAGAAAAUAUAGGUUUAUUAGGACAUCUCUUGUAAAGGUUCUGUAGGAGAAAAUGAAAUAUAGUGUUGCUUGCUUGAUAUUUCUUAA